UUAUAAAAACUAAACAUCUUCUGUCAGUCAACCAUUUUACUUCGUCUUUACUAAAUUUUGAGUGUAUAGUCAACAAAAUGUGUGAAAAUUUAAGCCAGGAUCGCAUAAGAUGUGAGGCGUGUCGGACAAUUAACCUUGCUAAAAAUGUCAACCAACCGAAGCCAGAUAUGCAAAUAUAUGAGAAGUGCAGUCCGACGCAAAAAAUAUGUUCUCGCGUCCCUGAACUUCCCAUACAUCCAACUUGCAUCAAAGUUUGCAGCAAAGAGGAGUAUAAAUUAAGGAAAAGUGGUAAAAAACUAACAUUGCCAGUAAAAACAGUACCUUGUCCUCACGGUAAAUUGAUGUAUGCUGUCAAAGCUGGUAUCCUGGUAGGUGCCGUUUACUUCACGUAUACGCAAGGAGUGUGGGGCGACCAACGAGACGUCACGGAGUGCAUUCGGCGUUGGCAGGAAUAUAUUCGCAGUAUUAACACUAGACGCCCACCUGUGUUCGACCAGUGCGGAAACGUUAUCAAAAAAGAAUCAUCUGAGAGUAUUAUAGCUCCAAUGUACUUGAUAUACAAGAGAAUAGUUACUACUUGCUUCGAAGGUAUCGUGAAAUUCCCUAUGAUAUUGAAAUGUGCGUAUAUUGAUUACAUCAAGGCCCUCGAGAGAAGGCAGGCGGAGUUAGACCAGGAAAGAAAAAUAAGAAAGAGAUCAAUUUAAAAUUCGAUUGGGUUCUUCUAAUCAAAUUGGAAAUUUAGAACUCUAUUUAUUGCAAAAUAAUUGACAAUUAUACAUUGACUUAUUUAUUUAUUCGAUAACAAAAAUGAUAUUAUAAAAUUAUUAAAA